AUGGUAGAGCUCGAUAUCAACGGAGCCGAAGUGGUCUUGGCGGGCCAGCCACUCGGAGAGGACUUAGACAUAUUAGAAGAUAAUGGCGAGGAUUCAUCCUCAAGUCAGCUGGACGACUACCCUGGCGGCGGAUUCGGUAGGAACAGUCGGAGACGGAGUGGUGCAGCAAAGACAGGUUUUCCCAGUACCAGACUCUCUGAAGUCUGGGUAAACAUUAGCCAAUGGCAGGGUCCCCCAUGUGGCCCUAUGCAUUCUCCAUGCUCGCAGCGCCCCCCGGCUAUCAUCUGCCGACCCCAUGAGGCUCGUGCUGAAUGUGCUUGCUCUACUCCUCUACAAAUCUCUCGGAUAAUGCAGCAGUUGCAAAACAGAAUGCAGGAGACUGAAGAAAUUACUCAAAUUGAGGAAGAGAAAGAAGACAAAGAAAUGCUGUUAGAGGGACAGGAAGAAAGAGGGAUUAGAUCUGAAAGUCGUACUAGACAAAUCCUAAGAGAAAGGAUUCAACAGCUGGCCCAGGAAGCGGAAAGGAGGGCCUGUGAAGAUAUUACUCAAAAUCUGCGAUAUCAGAAAAAAAUUUCCGCUCCAACACAAUCCGACCAUGGUGGGGAUAUCAGCGCUGGCGACCAGCUUCAGCAUGACGUACCAAGUCAGGCUCUCAUGAAUUUAGGGUCGGCUAACGAUGGCACUAUUCAGACUCAUCGGACAAAGGGUUUGGAAGAGGCAGUAAAUUCGCUAACCCUUCCCAUCGCUAAUAGUGCCGCAGUGAGGCCAAGUGAGGGAGAUGGUACAGAGAAUGCGGAAAAUCCUAGAGAGCCAGAGUACAUUCCGAGACAGAGGCCUGUGGAGUUCAAAGGAAAUACCGUUCUCAGUUAUCUCAACCAGCUGACCAAUGCGUAA